GUAGUCUUGAUUACGCUUUCAAGUUUCAAUCCAUCAGACAUAAAAUGGCAGGUGGUGUGAGAAGGAUUAAACUUGGAUCACAAGGCAUGGAGGUAUCAGCUCUCGGAUUAGGAUGCAUGAGUAUGACCAAUAGUAGCUAUGGACCGGCCAAGCCCGAGGAAGACAUGAUCAAACUCAUCCACCAUGCGGUCAACUCAGGCAUCACUCAUCUCGAUACCUCUGACUACUACGGGCGUCAAACUAACGAAAUCUUGAUUGGCAAGGCGUUGAAGGGAUUGGAAAGAGGAAAUGUGCAAUUGGCAACGAAAUUUGGGAUCAAGUCGUUGGAGGGAGACUGCGAUAUACGUGGUGAUCCAGAGUAUGUUAGGGCUUGUUGUGAAGCUAGUUUAAAACGACUUGAUGUUGAUUACAUUGAUUUGUAUUAUGUCCAUCGCGUCGACUCUCGUGUUCCAAUCAAGAUCACGAUGGGAGAGCUCAAGAAACUAGUUGAAGAGGGUAAAAUCAAGUAUAUAGGUCUAUCAGAGGCCUCACCUUCCAGUAUAAGAAGAGCCCAUGCUAUUCAUCCCAUUACAGCUGUACAAUUAGAGUGGUCACUUUGGACUAGAGUUCAUGAAGAGGAAGUAAUUCCAACUUGCAGAGAGUUAGGCAUUGGAAUUGUUCCGUAUGGUCCACUCGGAAGCGGGUUUUUAGCUGCUGGUCCCAAGUUGUUUGAGGGCAUGCCAGAUGAAGAUUUUAGGAAGACCUUUCCAAGAUUACAAGGGGAGAAUUAUAAACACAACCAGAUCUUGUUUGAUAAGAUUCAUGAAAUUGCACAGAAGAAAAAGUGCACCUUAUCUCAAUUGGCAUUAGCGUGGGUCCUACACCAAGGGGAUGACCUGAGUCCCAUCCCAGGCACCUCAAAAAUGGAGAACUUUAACGAGAACAUUGGAGCUUUGUCCGUUAAACUCUCGUCGCAUGACAUGGUUGAGCUUGAAUCUAUAGCUUCAGUUGAUGCUUUUAAGGGUAGUAGAUUACCUCCCACAAUCUUGGCUCUUUCAAACGUUGAGACCAUGCCUUUGUCAUCAUGGAAAGAGGGUAAAAUCAAGUAUAUAGGUCUAUCAGAGGCUUCACCUUCCACUAUUAGAAGAGCCCAUGCUAUUCAUCCCAUUACAACUGUGCAAUUAGAGUGGUCACUUUGCACUAGAGUUCAUAAAGAGGAAGUAAUUCCAACUUGCAGUGAGUUAGGCAUUGGAAUUGUUCCGUAUGGUCCUCUCGGAAGCGGGUUUUUAGCUGCUGGUCCCAAGUUGGUUGAGGGCAUGCCAGAUGAAGAUUUUAGGAAGACCAUUCCAAAAUUACAAGGGGAGAAUUAACACAACCAGAUCUUGUUUGAUAAGAUUCAUGAAAUUGCACAAAAGAAGAAGUGCAUCUCUUCUCAAUUGGCAUUAGCAUGGGUCCUGCACCAAGGGGAUGACCUGAGUCCCAUCCCAGGCACCUCAAAAAUGGAGAACUUUAACGAGAACAUUGGAGCUUUGUCCAUUAAACUCUCGUCGCAUGACAUGGUUGAGCUUGAAUCUAUAGCUUCAGUUGAUGCUUUUAAGGGUAGUAGAUUACAUCCCACAAUCUUGGCUCUUUCAAACGUUGAGACCAUGCCUUUGUCAUCAUGGAGAUAACUCACUCUUUUGCA